AUGGCCAUGCUGCUGCCUUGGUACACCGUUGCCCUCGUCUUCUUCUCGCUUCUCUCUCGUGUCACCGUUCUAUCCUCUCCUUCUGGGAGGGAGGAGGUGGAGGAGGAGAAGAGGACGUUUAUAGUUCUUGUGGAUCCCCAAUACAAGCCCCUCCUUUUUCCCUCCCAUCUCGGUUGGUACUGCUCUUUGCUCCCCACCACCACCUCCUCCUCCUCCUCUUCUUCUAGUCUCAUCCACGUCUACGAGACUCUCCUCCAUGGGUUCUCCGUGGCCCUCACUCCAUCACAGGCCAGCCGGAUCGAGAAGUCUCGUGGAAUCCUAGCCGUCCAACCCGACGCCCUUCUCCGCCCCCACACCACCCGAUCCCCCUCCUUCCUCGGCCUGGACCUUCCUGCUUCCCGCCUCUCCGCCCUCUCCCGCGGGGGAUCCGGUGCCGUGAUCGGCGUCGUCGACACAGGGAUCUGGCCAGAGCACCCCAGCUUCUCCGACCGGGACCUCGCCCUCGGACCCGCCCCCCGACGGUGGAGGGGCGAGUGCGAGGAGGCGCCCUGGUUCAAUCGAUCCAAUUGCAAUCGGAAGCUCAUUGGGGCCCGAUCCUUCUCUGCCGGCUAUGCGGCAGCUUUCGGCGGGGUCGAGUUUCGGUCCCCGAGGGACUCCGACGGCCACGGCACGCACGUCGCCUCCAUCGCUGCCGGGGCUCCUGUCGCCGGCGCCGGGUUCCAGGGCUUCGCCUCAGGCGUCGCCCGGGGGAUCGCGCCCCGGGCCCGGAUCGCGGCCUACAAGGUCUGCUGGGCCUCCGGGUGCUUGGUGUCCGACGUCGUGUCCGCGCUCGAGAAGGCAGUGUCCGACGGCGUGGACGUCGUCUCGCUCUCGAUUGGAUCGUCUUCACCGGCACCGUUUUACUAUCUCGAUCCGCUGGCUGUCGCUACCUUCCGCGCCUCCCUCAGAGGGGUCUUCAUCGCCGCGUCGGCCGGGAACGGCGGUCCCUAUCCGGGGAGCAUCGCGAACGCUCCUCCUUGGAUCACGACCGUCGGUGCCGGAACGAUCGAUCGUGACUUCCCGGCUUUCGUUCAACUCGGAAGCAGCGAACGUGUGCGCGGGAUAUCCAUAUCUGCGCAAAAAGACCAUCGAACGCAACCUCUUUCUUCUCACCUUCUAAUCUCAGUCGGUAAGAUUACCUCCACCAUACAAAUAACCCUCAGGUCCCAGCGGAUCAACGGCCAAAUCGUGUUCUGGGAGACAGAUCGCCGCGUGUCGAGAAUCGACAUCGGCGCGGCUCUGAAACGCGCCGGGGCAAUGGGGACGGUGGUCUUCCACGGGGACAUGGAUACCGAAGGAAUACUCGCGGAGCCGCACGUGAUACCGACGGUCACUGUGGGAUCAUCGGCGGCUCGGUCCAUCGAAGAGUACAUCAAAAGCAGGGAGCAACCGACGGCCGUGAUUUCCUCGGAGGGCACGGAUCUGCUCCCCCACGGGGCGGCCCCGGUGGUGGCGUCGUUCUCCGCCCGCGGGCCCAACGCGGCCCUACCGUGGGUCCUGAAGCCGGACCUGGUGGCCCCGGGAGUCAACAUCCUCGGCUCGUGGACGGAGGCGAUCAGCCCGUCGGGUAUCGGCUCCGACAUCCGGCGGUCCGAAUUCAGCGUGAUGUCGGGGACGUCAAUGGCGUGUCCGCACGUGUCGGGCGUGGCGGCGCUGUUACGCGCGGCCCACCCGGGAUGGGGCCCAUGGGAGAUCCGGUCGGCUCUGAUGACGACAGCGAUGAGAUCACCGGUCGGGGACGAGUCAAGGCCGGGGGAAAACGCCGGGCCGUUCGGGAUGGGAGCGGGGCAUUUGAACCCCGAGGGAGCUUUGGGCCCGGGGCUGGUGUAUGAUUUGGGGUACGAGGACUAUGUGGGGUUAUUAUGCGGACUAAAUUAUACGGACGAGGAGAUCAGGGCCAUGAGCGGGAGAGGGGGGCCUCGAUGCGAGCGUUUCGACGGGAAGGGGGUGUGGGGAUUUAACUAUCCAGGGUUUGUGGUGGAGGAGGACGCGGCGGUGGGGAAGGGCGAGGUGGGGUUCUAUAGAAGGCUUAAAAAGGUGGAUGGGGGUUGUGCCAGGGGCUGUUGGUAUUGCGCGGAGGUGGUAGCACCCGAAGGGUAUAAAGCGGAGGUCGAGCCAGAUAAAUUGUGGUUUAGUGGGAGGUUUGGGGAGAGAUUGUGGUUUAGAUUGGUGUUGAGAUGGGUGGGUGUUGACGAUAGAAAACUUCACAGUAACGAGACUGGUUGGGAGGAGAAGCAGAAGGUGAAGAGGAAUUGGUGGGUUGGUGGAGUUCUAACGUGGAGGGAAGAGGAGGGGAGGCAUAGGGUUCAAAGCCCGGUGGUGGUUUUCUCUUCCAAGACUUUGAUGCAGUGA